AUGCAAAGAGGGUAUCAGCCGAUGACGAGUGCGUCGCCAAUGAUGGCGAGUGCGGGCGUUGGCGCCAAUCCAUCGGUGGUUCAGCCCAUGUCUGCCGUCAACAACACAUCCCAACCGCCGAAUCCGUCUCUUCGGACACCACUUCUGGGCCCUCAGCGGAUGUUUCAGAGCCCUAACCCUCCGCAGGGUUACGGACCCGUCAGUGGACCUCCCGGUCAGCGCUUCCCACCCACACAUCACAUGCGAAUGGCUACCAACGCACCGCCCUUUGCACAGAGGCCUAUGGUGUCGACCCCUCCCGCGCCUCCGCAGGGCAUCAAGAGAUCCGUCUCCGCAAUGAACGGACCGCCCAUUGGGGGCCUGCCCUCCAAAGGCGUCCAAAUGCCAGGAAUGGGAGCCAUGGGUCCCCCUCCCGGACCCACUCAUCACUCGAACCCUCCGACGACUUCAUCGAAGAAGAAGAAGAAACUCUCGGAUAAGAUAUUACCGCAAAAGGUGAGGGAUUUGGUGCCGGAAUCGCAGGCAUACAUGGAUUUGUUGGCAUUUGAGCGCAAACUGGACUUCACUAUAAUGAGGAAACGACUCGACAUUCAGGAGGCACUGAAACGGCCGAUGAAACAGAAGCGCAAACUCCGGAUCUUUAUCUCCAAUACCUUCUAUCCCGGGAAACCCGAGGGCGACGCCAAUGAGGAGCCUUCGGUGCCCUCCUGGGAGCUCCGGGUCGAGGGACGCCUCCUGGAGGACCCGAACGCCCCCAAAGCAGAUCAGAGCAAACUUAAGCGCAAGUUCUCGUCGUUCUUCAAGAGUUUGGUCAUAGAGUUGGACAAAGACCUGUACGGCCCGGACAACCAUCUCGUCGAAUGGCACCGAACGCCCACCACUACAGAGACGGACGGCUUUCAAGUGAAACGUCCGGGCGAUAAGAACGUGCGCUGCACUAUACUCCUGCUGCUGGACUACCAGCCCCUGCAGUUCAAACUGGACCCACGACUCGCCCGACUCCUCGGCAUUCACACCCAG